UGAGCAUUAUAUUCGCUCGCACGCGGAUGGAGAGGCCCAUGCCAAAUGCUGUGAGGAACGCUAUGGCGAUCGUGGUAUACACGCAGUACCACAGUCCUUGGUUCUGUACGAACAGUGCAGUCAUUCCGUACACAGAGGCAAGGAAUAGGCCAAACAAAAAACCGCCCAAACUCCGCACAAGCCCACGCAGACGAGGAUCACGGAAAGGUUUGGUCUUGCUUCAUGGACGACGCCUUGGGAAUCUGGGAACCCUGUCAAAAAGGCUUGGAGAGGUUCAGUAAGUGGGUUCUGCCAGAUUUUGCCCACCGGUUCCUCUUUAGUCAGUCUCAGGAUUUCCCAGUUGCUCGUUUCUUCCUGGGAGCAUUAUUUGGUGCUGUCAGUGGUGCAGGUUUAUUUUUGGGUCUCUUCCACAAUGUCUCAAUGACCACUGUAAACAGGUUCUUAGCAGGAUAUGCUUUUGUUGCUGUAUCUAUUCUGGGUGGGGCGUUUUCCUCCUACUUUCGCUGCUCGGUCCUCCUGAUCUUUCCCAGCAUGCUCGGCUCCCGUGGCAGGGCGUACCUCAUGCUGUUUGUCCUCUAUGGCCUGUAUAGGGGCCCAAUCGCCAACAUCCACCGUAAUGUCCAGGAUGUGACCUUCUCUAUGGGCUGCAACAUUGAGCUCCAGAUCAAACACAGCAAGGUCAUGUGGAGGGUGGUGAUGGAGCCCUUCAUGCAGGUGGUGCAGGGUAUUGUGGAGGAUAAUUGGGAGUUCCAGGACGAGGCUAAGAGUGUGAGCAGGAAGUUUCAGAGCAUCAGGGAUGAGGUCAUGGGGCAGUAUGGCUAUGACUCCAUGGAACAGGGCCCUGUUGCUGCCGGCAACAGCACCCAGGAUUUGUAUGCAGCAAAGACGAUGAUGCGAUGUGACUAUGUGGUGGAGCAGGGGAUAGAGCGCUGUCGGGAGUGGUUUGAGGUCAAGUGGCAGGACUGCAUGGAUGCCAUCAAGGCCCCAGUCAUCAACCACAUCCUGUGUGUGUCCAUGAGAUUCCACUUCCUCUGUGACAUCAUGAGAGUCAUGAAGCCCUGGUGCAGGGAGGAGAUCCCAGUGGAAGGGAACUUUGGGCAAACUUUUGACAAGCUCAACUUCUCCAUUGACGCACUGUCCAGAGAAUUCAGCACUAACGUAGUGCUCCAGGAGGAGGAGCAGCAGUCUGUGUUUGGUGUCUCAGCCCUACAGGGGGAUUUCACAGAGGGUCUGAGUAAAGCCUUCGAGGAGACCAAGGUCAUCCUGGACCAGUUUCUGGUCCUCAUCCAGCUCCUCCUCUCCUGCACCUUCAUCACCAUCUUCACCUCAGCGUUUGGAUAUGCGAAGCAGUAUACCCAAGACAUUCGCUUUGACAACAUCUACAUCACCACCUACUUCAGACAGAUUGAUGCCAGGAGAAAGAGAGCAGUAAGCAAACAAAAGAUAAGGAGAUAA